ACCAGGUCUAUUGCAGAAAUCUUCAAUUUUUUGGUUGUAGUAAAUUCAAUCGUUAGCUUUUUCAGACAAACUUCUUAAUAAACGCUAUCAUGAUGAUACUCCUGUUACUCCUACCACUGUGCCACAUAACAUCCGGGUUCGAAUGUCCCGACUUAGGCACAUUCCGGAACCACGAGGAUUGUACAAGAUAUUGGGUCUGCAAUCAGAAUGGUAUCUUCGACAUGUCUUGCGCGGAAGGAACAUGGUUUAACGAAAGAACAGGAUAUUGUGACUGGCCUUCGAAUGUGCCAGAAUGUUUACCAACACCCGAACCUACCCCUGCACCCACUCCAAAACCUACCCCUGAACCAACCACUCCAGAGCCAACCACCCCAGAACCAAUCACUCCAGAACCAACCACCCCAGAACCAACCACCCCAGAACCAACCACCCCGGAGCCAACCACUCCAGAACCAACCACCCCUGAACCGACCACUCCAGAACCAACCACUCCAGAACCAACCACUCCAGAACCAAUCACUCCAGAACCAACCACCCCGGAGCCAACCACCCCGGAACCAACCACUCCAGAACCAACCACCCCUGAACCAACCACUCCAGAACCAAUCACCCCUGAACCAACCACUCCAGAACCAACCACCCCGGAACCAACCACUCCAGAACCAACCACUCCAGAACCAACUACUCCAGAACCAACCACCCCGGAACGAACCACUCCAGAACCAACCACCCCGGAACCAACCACUCCAGAACCAACCACUCCAGAACCAACCACUCCAGAACCAAUCACUCCAGAACCAACCACUCCAAAACCAACCACCCCGGAACCAACCACCCCGGAGCCAACCACUUUAGAACCGACCACCCCUGAACCAACCACUCCAGAACCAACCACUCCAGAACCAACCACCCCGGAGCCAACCACCCCGGAACCAACCACUCCAGAACCAACCACCCCUGAACCAACCACUCCAGAACCAAUCACCCCUGAACCAACCACUCCAAAACCAACCACCCCUGAACCAACCACUCCAGAACCAACCACUCCAGAACCAACCACUCCAGAACCAACCACCCCUGAACCAACCACUCCAGAACCAAUCACCCCUGAACCAACCACUCCAGAACCAACCACCCCUGAACCAACCACUCCAGAACCAACCACUCCAGAACCAACCACCCCGGAACCAACCACCCCGGAACCAACCACUCCAGAACCAAUUACCCCUGAACCAACCACUCCAGAACCAACCACUCCAGAACCAAUCACUCCAGAACCAACCACUCCAGAACCAACCACUACAGAAUCAACCACCCCUGAACCAACCACUCCAGAACCAACCACUCCUGAACCAACCACUCCAGAACCAACCACCCCUGAACCAACCACUCCAGAACCAAUAACCCCGGAACCAACCACUCCAGAACCCAUCACUCCAGAACCAACUUCUUCUCCCAAACCUACAAGCGACAUGGAGGUCAAGUGCGUUGAUGAAUGGCCGACUGUGUGUGCCGGUAGAUCAAAGUUUAUGUGUACCCACAAAAAGAAGACAAAGCACUGCAAGAAAACUUGCAAUAUUUGCCACUAGUGAAGCAAUGUGGUGACAUCAGCUUAUGAUUGAAUUUAAAUUAAAUAACUGAAGAUUAACAUUUUACUUUUUUCUAACCAAAAGCUCGUAAAUUUUAUUACGCCCAAGAACUUUUCAAAGGCCCGAUGUCGUCGGUAGAAUUCUUUAUCAUUCAUAAUUAGAUGGGCGUGUCUAUCUACAUGAGAAACCGGCUUAGAAACAAUAGGUAGUAGUGCCGUAAAGUAUAACCAUUUGGUUAAUCAGAUAAUCUCGUUUUAACGGUUGACCAGAUGCGCAGGAGAC